CCCACUUGCACUGGGGUCAGGGUGUUGUUUUCUUGGAACCCCCUGUGAGCACUCCAUAGUCAGUGAAGGUUAAUUCGCACUGAGGCACGUAGCAGGAUGGCUCUGAAUAAUCCCAACCCACUGGGACCAUGGAAGAUUACAGUCUAUGACCAGGAGAAUUUUCAGGGGAAGCGUCUGGAGUUCACCGCAUCCUGCCAGAACAUCAUGGAUUGUGGAGUGGACAACAUUCGCUCCCUGAAGGUGGAGUGCGGCGUCUGGGCAGGAUAUGAGCACUCCAGCUUCUGUGGACAGCAGUUUGUGUUGGAGAGAGGAGAGUAUCCUCAUUGGGAAUCAUGGAGUGGCAGCAACGCCUACCACAUUGAGAGGAUGAUGUCCUUCCGCCCCAUCUGUUCUGCAAACCACAAGGAGUCCAAGAUGGUGUUGUUUGCGAAGGAGAACUUCAUGGGGCGCCAGUGGGAGAUAAGUGAUGACUACCCGUCUCUGCAGGCCAUGGGCUGGGGCAACAAUGAAAUCGGCUCUAUGCAAGUGGAGAACGGCGCGUGGGUGUGCUACCAGUUCCCAGGUUACCGCGGUUACCAGUACAUCAUGGAGUGCGACCAUCAUGGCGGCGAGUACAAACACUACAGAGAGUGGGGCUCUCAUGCUCAGUCCUUCCAAGUGCAGUCGGUGCGUCGGAUUCAGCAGUGAACGCUGCAGCUUCCUCUCACAUCAUCUCACUCUUUACCUCCUUUAACUCCUUUUCAUCCCAUCACCUAAUCAUUUCAAGCUACAGCCAGCUCUGUCCGAGCUCAAACAGCUGAGGCCACCCCCCAAAGACGUUUACUUCACUUUCAUUUUGUUCUGCUGCUAAAAGAAAGUUUCUGACC